AUGGAACCUGAUACAUUGCAAUAUGCAGUAAAGCAAGAAAAGAUUUAUAAAGGAUUUGAACAGAAGAAAAUGGUGGAAUAUGUCUACACAGCUUCUAGCUCUGCUGCAUGUGGUGUAGAGCUCAAACUCAAUAUUCAGUACCUCAUAACAGGCCAACUUGAUACUCAGGGAAAAGUUCAUAUUGGGAUUUGUAAUUGGAUUGUCCCAUGGGAUGAUCUAACUUCAUUGCAAAAACGGAACCUGAAGUGGAACAAAUACAAAACAGGCUGCUCCUGUCAAAUUGUCAGCUGCCACAGCCUACCAUGCUCUGCUCCAGCAAAGAACCAGUGCACUUGGACUGACCUGGCAAUUGAGAAGACCCCAGCUGGAUCUCAGGCAAAGUGCAGUGUCUGCUUGAAGAGAGAUGAUGGUUCCUGUCACUGGUACGGGGAAGGAUUAGCCAGUGCGAAUGAGAAUAUCUAUUACAGCGAACCCUGAAUCUCCCUUCACCCCACAAAAGUUGUGUUUCUCCAUCGGCUGCAGGUGGUGCAGCAGUAUCAAAGAUCCCUAGGUUCUUCUGUUUAUACAAACAUUUUAUUGGCUUACUGCAUUCUUAUUUGCUAUGUGAAGCAUAGCACUUUCUCCGUUUGCUCUUAUCCUAAUGAAUGAAAAAAGUUAUGGCCCCUCACUAGAUUCUGCUGCAAUGAUAGGUUUUGUCACAUGAGGCAAACUGAAACAUAACCACCACCACACUUCUUGUAAAAAGUAUAUCGGCUCUGUAUUUGACAGGUGAAGUUUUACAUCAAAACUGUUUCAGUGGAACUAGAAAGAAAAAAAAUGUCUUGGUAAUUAGGAAUGA